ACACAACACGGCUUGCCAGCAGACCACUGUGCGAACGCGUACGUGAUAGGAUAGCCUACAGUCACGUGAAACGAGCAAAAAGCUUAAUUUUAUGGAGCAGGCACGAUAAUUCAUGCAAACAAUCCGGCUGAUCAUGACCAUAAUUUCCUUGAAUAUACGACGACCUAGAAGAGCAGCGCUGACGUCCUGCAUUGUACGUAGCGUUUUUCUUCGUUGCAUGGGCGGUACUGAGACGCCAUGGCUACACACAGGAAACCCGUUGCUGCUGCAACACUGCCGUUCACCCAAAGCAACGUACCGAAGGUAUAUGACGAAGUCAGAGGGCCCGAUCGACAAGCGACGGCGGAGCUUCUUCAGGCUUGGCAGGCGUCGUUUUUCACGUGCUCGAACAGAAGCGACGCGAGCGACCACCAGUACCUGGAUGUCGGUUGCGGACCGGGUAACUUGACGCGGAACCACCUGCUGCCCUCGUGCCCUCCAACGCUGAAGAGACUCUUGGCUUGCGACAACUCGCCUGCCAUGGUGGAUUAUGCGAGAACGGUGCACGGCCACCCGAAGAUUGAUCACCGACUGCUGGACAUCGCCGUGGACGAGGACGUGCAGCGGUUCAUCGCCGAGGAGGGCCGAUUUCAGAGAGUCUACUCCUUCCUCGUAUUUCACUGGAUACAAGACAGGGCAGUUGCGCUGAAAAACAUCGAGCGCCUGAUGACUCCAGGUGGCGAGUGCCUUAUAAUAUACAAUCCGCAGCCGGGACCAGCGAUGCUGAACCGGGCGUUCCUGGAGAGUGAAUCAUGGGCAAAAUACCGCGAUGUGAUGUCCAUGCCAAUAUUUCAUGAAUGUGGCGACGCUGUAUCUUUGAGAAAGAGCCUAUUCGACCUUGUCAAGCAAACGGGGCUCGUUCCACUGAGCUGCGAAUUGGUUCGAAUCAAUGUCAAAAGUGCCAACGUCGACGACGCUGCGCGCUUGUUUACGGUUGGCGCUCCUUUCUAUCAUCUGCUGACGGAAGAAGAGAAGCCCGAUUUAUUGAAAUUUGUCAGAAAUUUCAUGCUGCAAGGCCGCUGUUCCAACUUCUCAACCACCGGAACAACAGAACAGCUCAGAUUUGUAUUUCACGGAUACAAACCAUAGACAUCAAGGAUGUCUCUGGCAACACCUCCAGGAUGGGCAGGGUGAUGUAAACACAGAAACCUCAGGGUAGCAUAUACGUCAUAUUUGCUGGUUACGAUCUAGGAACACGUUCUGCGUUGAUCAGCACAAAAGUCGGUUAGCCGCCACGGUGGUUAGUGGUUAUGGCGCUUGACUGCUCACCUGAAGGUGACGGGAUUGAAUCCCGACCGCGGCGGCCGCAUUUCGAUGGAGGCGAAUUGCUGGAGGUACUUAGAUUUAAGUGCACGUUCACCACAUGGUCUAAAUUUCCGGAGCCCUCCACUGCGGCGUACCUCACAACGUUAUCGCGGUUAUGGGACAUAAAACCAACAAAUAUUAUUACAAAAGUUGGUUCGUGAUGUGCGCACCGACUUUGAGACGAUGGAGCAUGGAAAGGAAGAGAUGCCGAUGAAAAGAAAAAGAAAUGCGUCUCAAUAAUUUUUAAAUUGUCAUUAUCACAUAAUGAUUUUUUUGAUUUGCGAGGUUAUGAAACAUGGUCUAGGCUAAAACUGGUAUUCAUUAAAAAUAACCCUUCAUCCUAAUUGACACUGCAACCUGUAUUAGCACUUAAAAAUUUCAGACUACAUGAUCCGCCCGACCCUUGGCCGAUCCCCCUGAGGGGGUAGGUCAUCCCAGGGACAUCAUCAUCAUCAUUAUCAUCUUAUGCGCAUAAAGCAGCGCGCAGUCUAAAGAAUGUCGGUAUAUAGCAGUAGCGGCUUGAAAGUUUUUUUUUUUUUUUUUCUACGCCAAACAGACUCGCGAAAGCGUGUGCCAGGCUGGAUCGCAAAGUAUCGGCAAAGAAGAAUCGAUUUGGGUUCAUGAUUAGUCAUGCUUCUAUGUUUGUAAAGUGUAGAACUGCCGUUGUGUACUGUUUGCAGUGUUAGAGAUGUUGUUUGUCUUUGUUAUGUACGUCGGCCAAACUGGCCGGUGCUUUAGCACGCGACUUUUGUAACACAAGAGGUCACUAACGAACACGUCAAUUCACGCAUUAAAGAGCAUUGCUCGAAAUGUGGUUGCAUGCCACUUUUCACUGAAACAGAUAUACUUUCAAAUCAUAGGAAACAGCUGACCAGAAAAUUAUCGAAGCUUUCCAUAUCAACAAACAAAAAGCGAAUCGUAUCAGCUAAGCAUCAGUUGCGCUCGGUGAUUGUGAAGUUUCUUUUUUUGAAGUUACGCCGUAUCUGGUCACUGUUAUGCUUGGUACGCUGGCGUGUAUGCAUACUAACCAUGUUCUUUUUUUUUUCUUCAAAAUAAACUAGUUGCGAGU